CUGUUGCCUCAGGACAUUUAAAAAUAGUUCAGUGCUGUGCAUAAGCUAAAUAUAUUCCCCAAAUUCCUGUGCUAAUCAAUUAUUUAGCCCUUACAAAUGCUAAGAUCAAAAACUUUUUAAGAAGUUAUAUACUUCAGCUUGACAGGAGGCCUUGGGAGACCAGAAGUGAAAACAACUUUCAAGUCUAAAGCCGUGGAGGGAGUCACCAUGUGCAUCCCCUGCGUGAGGAGCUGUGUGGCACUUUGGAAACUCAGGAUGCAGAUAAGCAGGAGCCCUCAGGACAGUCUGUCAGGAAGGCGACAGAGAAUAACAGUUCGUACUUACCCGAUUGCUCUUCUCUUCGGCGAGCACUGUUUUAAUAUAUUCUGUCUUCAGUGUGGGAAAGAUUGUUCUCCUAGUCACAGAGAAGACACUCAUGGCCCCGAGAGGUGGCCUGGCAGGGAGGCUCUGGAGCCCCAACUCUACUCAGGCAGACUAGCAGAAAAGUGUCUCACAGGUGCAGUGGGUACAGUGGAAAUGCUCCUGGCUCGACUGGAAGGUAGACGUUCUUUGAAAGAAAUCGAACCACAUCUGUUUGCUGAUGAAGAUUCACCUGUGCAAGGUGAUAUUCUUGAAUUUCACGGUGCAGAGGGAACAGGAAAAACAGAAAUGCUUUAUCACUUAACAGCACGAUGUAUACUUCCAAAAUCAGAAGGUGGACUGGACCUGGAAGUCUUAUUUAUUGACACAGAUUACCACUUCGACAUGCUUCGGCUUGUGACAAUUCUUGAGCACAGAUUGUCCCAGAGCUCAGAAGAAAGAAUAAAACACUGCCUCGGAAGGUUGUUUUUGGUCUCCUGCAGCAGUAGCACCCAGCUGCUGCUCACGCUUCAUGCGCUAGAAGCCAUGCUGUGCAGCCACCCCGCUCUGUGUAUCCUGAUCCUGGAUAGCCUGUCAGCCUUCUACUGGACAGACCGUGUCAACGGAGGGGAGAGCGUGUCCUCCCAGGAGGCUGUUCAGAGGCGCUGUGCCCAGGUCCUGGAGAGGUUGGCCAGGGAGUACCGCUUGGUUCUGUUCACAACCACGCAGAGUAUAAUGCAAAAGGCUUGGACUUCGCCGGAAGGGCCCUCUGCCACCACUCAGCGUCCCAGCAAGCAGGACGUAGAUUACAGACCCUAUCUCUGCAAGGCCUGGCAACAAGUGGUGAAGCAGAGAGUGUUUUUCUCCAAACAAGAGGACUCUCAAAGCUGCAGACAGUUCCUGUUAGUGUCACACCAUCCAAAAAGUAACACUUCAAAAAAGCAUUCGUUUGUUAUUGGAGAGAGCGGGGUGGAGUUUCGUUGACAGCCUCACAAGCCAUAGCACCAGUCUUAGAAGGCUUCUUACAGGCUCAUUGGUGUGAGUCUAAAGUUUCAAAUUUGGGAGGGAGUCACAUAGCAGUAUCUCUACACAGAAUGGACUUCUUUUGUUUGACAAGGUCUCCCUGUGUAUCCCAGGCUCCCCUUGGACUCAGUGAAUUUGCCUCAGCCUCCAGAGUGCUGGGGUUAAAGGCGUGUACCUCCCUGCCUGGCUAGACUGGAUUUCUUAAAUUAACAGAGUAAAACUUCAGACUGUGUCUAGGCUACUGACAAUCAAAGUAAUAUUAAUGAUUAAACUUUAUGCUAAGCUUGAUUAAAUAAUAUAUAUUUUCAGAGUAAAUAAAAGGAUCUUUAUAGCUUUUCAUCACAGUUUGGAAUUUUUGAGAAGCAGAAACAUCUCUAGUCUCUGUUUUGUUGUGUGUUUCUUUGUGCAGAGAAAGGAUGUGCUAUGUCGCCCAGACUGGCCUUGAACUCUGCCUCCUGAGUGCUGGAAUUAACGCACUGCCACCAGAGCUUCUUACGUGGCUCCCUCAGAAAGCUGUGACUGUGAAGUGCCCGUAAAGCCGGCCUUUCUCUGUGCAGGGUGAACACAGGAGCUGCUCGCUUGUCUGCCUUCUACAUCCAAAACUGCAGAUGCAAGAGCAGUUGUUGAUAUGGUGUCUCGCUGUCCAGGGUAUUGACAGCGCUGUCCAGGCCUGGCCUUGGAGCUGAUUCUCCUGCCUCAGCCCCCAUGUGGCAGGGACCAUGGGUUUAUGCAGCCCCACCCGGCACUUGGUGCAUUUUACCUGAGCAGCACUGAGGUCCAAGAUGGACUUGCAUUAUGGGUGGGUUUCUGUGUAAUUUUUCAAGCUUUAGGAAAAUGAAAUGUCCAUCUGUGGAACUCGGACGCUGAUUUUGAAGUGUUCACCACCUCAUAAAUGGAGCAGUGUGGAACUCUGCUAGCAUUGUGUGUUAAUACUCUUACCUGCUUGGAAUAGCCAGGCAUGCCUGAAAAUGGACUCACCCGUUUCCAAGAGGGAUGGAAAAGACUUCAAACUUCGGUCCCUUACAGGCCAGCAUAGAGGGCUAUGCUUCAGGACUGCGAGUUCAUCUGGUUAGAGGAGCAACAUUUCAGAAGUCCUUUAUCCAAGGACGGUAUGAUUAGGUCAGUAUGUGGCACUGAGAGUGGCCCUGGCGGUCUCCUAAGCCUGUGUGUGUCCCAGUUACUCUGCAGGAACGUGGGAGGGAUUCAUAGUUGUAUUCCUGUGGGUUUGUUCACUUCCCCGCACCUUCUAACUGUAAAUGCGCUUACCAGAUGAGGUCCUUUUAGAGUUAGAACCCUGGAAAGAAACCAGCCUUGCAGACAGUGAGGUCACAUGCCAGCACUGCAGGUGUGCCCUACAGGCUGCAUGCACCCCACUCUCCACAGCCAAGUCUACUGGGCUGGAGGCCAGGCGAUUCUCAUGCUCAGGAUGCCUGCUGGGGCUUCCUGAGGCAGCGGAAGCAACCCUGAGAGCCCCUCACCCUCCUCCUCUGCUCUCUGACCCCUCUCUCCUGAGGGCCUCAUUGUAUCCUCCAGAGGCCCAGUCCAGAAGGGCUGCUGUUGGCAGACAACAGAAAGCCCUUGCACCCAGCCCUGCCCAGCACCUGCCCGGCAGGAACAUUCUGGAACUGAAAUGCAGCCAGCAUGGGUCUCAGGCUCAUGGAUCCCACCACUGUUGCUCACACCCACACACACCAAAUAACAUUUUUACACUAAUGUGAUUUCAAACAUACGUGUCUCCAGCACCUUUUCAGCAUUUUAAUUUUUGCAUGUUAUUAUAUACAGUAUGUGUUACACAUAAGUGCUCUAUAAAUACUUGUUAAACUGGAGAAAUUCACUAGUUUUCUCCUCUGGUCAGAGAAUGGUCAGUCACCCUGCUUCUGUGCUUAGGUGAGCGCCUGCUGGUAGCUCACAGAGGACGGAAGAUGCAGGAUGCAGGCACCGACUGCCUCUCAGGUCUGCAGCCUGUGAGGUGUGUGUGACUGGUGUGUGGGAAACGCAGGGACCCUGCAGAACUCUGGUCUAGAAUAGGAUAGGAUUUUCCAUUUCUCCUCUGUAUAAAUGAAGUGUUAAUUUAAUGAACUAUGACACAUUUAUGACUGUUGUACUCUUCAGGAGCAUGAUUAAAAAAUAAUGAACUUUUGUAUUAAAUUCUCAGUUGUACAUUAAUGUGUCAGACCUAGUUAUCUUAAAAAGGCCUGCUAAGGAAUUAAGUAUACUGGUUAAUAAAAAAUUCUUUUAAACUAAAAGUUAUACUAAUGGGACUUUGUGAACACUAUAGAAAUUUUAAUACUUGUAAAAAAACUGAAACUUAAAGAGAAAUAAAUGGCACAUUACAAAGUACAUAGGAAGCAGACACAGUGAUGUUCUACAGAAGGAUAAGAGGAGUGAGUGAUUACAAGUGUAGAAUAUUUAUCUGAUUUAUUUCUUGUUUACCUGCCAAAAGAUGGGGACUUAAUAUACUCUUACCUGCAAAUUUUUCUGUGUCAUUGUGAGAACCUAGUAAAAAAUACAAUAUGAAAGAUAGUUCAGACAUUGAUAAAAUAAAUGCUGUACAAAAUUAAGAUCAUGGGGCUGGGGAUUUAGCUCAGCGGCAUAAGUGCCUGCCUUGUAAGCAGGCAGUCGUGAGUUCAAUCCCUGGUACCGAUGAAAACGAAAAAAAAAAGUGUAGACCUUGAUAAAGAAAUGGAGAAAGUCCCUGUGGUAGGUAAUUUACUUUUAGUCUGGGAGAUCAAGCAAUUAAAAUCAAUCAAGAAAGCUGAGGGGUGGCAUACACCUGUAAUCCCAGGAGGCUGAGGCAGGAAGAUUGCCACAAGUUUGAGGGCAGCCUGAGCUCAAUAGCGAGACCCCGUCUUAAAAGUGGCCAAGUAAUAAAGUAGGGCAUUGAUUGCAUGUUGCAGAACUCAGUUCCUGGGCUUGAAACUCAUGUGACCUAGAAAUUUACAUUUUCACUGGAUGUAGCAAAAUUUAUACUUCGUAAUUUCAAAUUCUCCCUAAGGUAAGUCACAUGACCAUGCCCAUAUUAGUAUUUCAGUAACAGACUCAGAGUUCAACAGAGGUGGGAACUAUAGAGUAGUGAUUCAUGAGGAUGCCAAGGGAUUAUUCAGGAAGUUUACAGUUCAGAUUUGUGUAGAUAUGUCUAAAUUAAUAUUUUUCAUAUUCUUAGCCUAAAGUAUUACAGCACAUCUAAGUCUCGAAUUGACACACAUUAACCUCUACGUCUUUAAAUUUUUGCAAAAUUGUAUUUUAUGUGAGCCUGUCACAAAUGACCAUGUUACAAUUCAGAAGCUGAAAAGUAUAGUGGGAGGUUGCCAUGGAAACCUUAAUGUGAUAUUCCCUUGCUUUCAUUUAAGUUUCAUUUUUAAUAUUGCAUUAACAUUUUUACAUUUAAUGGAUAGCGAUGUGAAUUAUUAUUGAAGUGCUCGCUAAUAUAAAUAAAAUAUAAGAGAUGAAGAUGUGAUUUUUCUUCCAAGGAACAAAUGAACAUCUAAUCCAAAAUCUUGUAGAAAUAACAGCUCUUAAGUUUUAAAUUAUUGGAUUCCAUUCAUUUAUUUUGAAGUUUCUUAAAGGGUCCCUUUGAAAGAUAAAGACAUAUUUGUGGAUAGUCACAUAAUUCAUGCUGCUGCCAUUCCAAAUAUGAUUCAGAGUACCCUGAAGACCAUGUGGGGAGCGGUUCUCUGUGCUCGUCUGUUCGCGUGUAUUUUCCGACUAGAUGACAUGUAAGCCACUCCUGCUUCAGAUACAGAUGAGUGCAGUAAUUAUUUGUGGGGAAUACACAUAAUCUUCCUGAAAACAAUUGUAUAAUCAAGGCAGGCUUAUCCACUUAGAUCUGUCAGAGAAACACUGAGCUUAUGCUGGAGGUAGAUUACGGAGCAUGGGGCUGGGCUGCAGCACUGUGGCAUAAGCUGAGUGUAAUUCUGGUACCCUAAAAGGUUACAUUUCCGGCUAUAAAUGUAUUCAUGCAUAAGGUUGUUGUGAACAGAACCCUGAAACCUGAAUGCAUGUGUGAACUCUGUGGGUCGCAGCCUCCGGGCCUGGCAGGAGCCGUUGGGUAUCCGGAGAGCUCAGUUCUUCCCCUGCACUGACUGGGUAACUGGAUCUGUGGCCCUGCGAAGUCAUGCAGUUGCUUAUGUACAAAACAGAUUAUCAAGGUCACUGGGGCUCUUUUCAACUCUGUCUGAAAGAAAUUUGGAAAAUUAUAUACUCCUGUGCCUUUGGGCUUGUGCAAAUUUUAACCUCAAGGUUUUGGGGGAUUUUUUUUUUGUACUAGGAAUUGAACUCAAGACUUCAUGCUUCCCAGGCAGGUGCUGUGCUGCUGAGCUGUAUCCCCAUUUCUACUCAGAAGUGUAGACAGGUAGAAUAAUUAAUUUCUGAGGAAUUACCAUUUUAAGAUAACACAUUCAGCCAGGGAAGUGGCACAGUCCCAGUCCAGCGUGGUUAUAAUCCCUUCCCAGGCAGGAAGAUGGCAAGGUCAGGUCCAACCUAGACAACCUGGGGAUUUAGCAAAAUCCUACAUCAAAAUACAAUUUUUUUUUUUUUUUUUGUCUUUUUCCUUUUUAUCAGUACCAGGGAUCGAACUCAUGACUGCCUGCUUACAAGGCAGGUGCUUAUGCCGCUGAGCUAAAUCCCCAGCCCUCAAAAUACAAUUUUUAAAAAAAACAUAAGGGCUGGGAGUUAACUCAGUGAUCCUGGGGUUAGUCCACAAUACCACUGAAUAUAUACAUGACAUACAUACAUACAAAUAUGGCUAGCAAAAUUAUGUAUCAUAGAGUAGUUUUUUUUUUUUUAUUAAGUUCAUUCAUCAUAAGUAGUUUGUUUUUGAGAUAGGGUCUUGCUGUGUAGCCCACACUGGCCUUGAACUUGUGGUAGUCCUCCUGCUUUAAUCUCCCAAGUGCUGGGAUUAUAGGUAGGUGCCACCACGCCAGGCUAUGUCAUAGGAUUUUGAUACCUAUGUUUUUGUAGUGAAAAGGCAAAGGUUGAUGAAUGUACUUCCAUCAACCAAAGUCAGACAAAAAGUUGAAGGGUAGUUGCAGGUGGUGGGUGGAGGGCAAAUGAAAAAGGAAGAUGUUUUGUUUGGUUGGUGUUUUAUUUUGUUUUGUUUUUCUUUUGUUUCAUUAUGUCACAAAUUGCCCAAACUGGGUUUCAAUUUGAGAUCCUCCUGACUCAGUCUUCUGAAUAGAUGAGAUCACAGGCAUGCACCACCAUGCCCAGUUACAUCUCCGUUUGUACAGAAGGUAUCUCCUGAUGAUCCAUGCCCAUGAGUAGCUGAAGGCUGUGGCCAGAGGACAAAACAGGGAAGGGCUGGGCCCCCUGCUGAUGAAGGCUGAGGAGGCCAAGCCUGCCCACCAAGUGCUUGGUGCACGGGAACAUAGGCGGUGCCCAGGACUGUCAGGAAGAUUCUAGCCUCAUUUCUCUGAGAAAGAAAUGACAGACCCUGUUCUGAGGUCUUGAUCUCCUAAGAGGGCGCAAGGGGAUGAGGGCCAUGGAGGAAGAGGACCCUGUUCCUCUACCAGGGCCCAGAGCUAUGAAGCCUCGGAGACCAGAGGGUGCUUCGCCAGGGACUCCCAUGGAAUGCCCCCACCUCCCUCCGGGCCAGCUUGGAAUGGUCAAUUCGGGCAGGGAAGGGCCACAGGUAUCGUGUCCACUCCGCCCCUGGCCCUUCCCCCGCAGCUCACGGCCAGGUGCACACAGGAGGCUGGGCAAACCUCCCAAAAACCACAGGUAAAAACCUUCGUCCAGACACACUUAUGUCCAAUUCAGUCCUGAGAGCAGUUACUGCCGCGUAAAGGAGGACGAUUUUUCCAAUUUGUAAUUGUGCCCUUUAGAAUCCAAUUUGAUCUGGGCAUGGUGGCACACGUCUGUAAUCCCAGCACUCAGGAGGCUGAGGCAGGAGAAUCUUAGCAAGUUCAAGACCAGCCUGGGCUACAAAAUGAGCUCAAAGCCAGCUUAAACUGCAUAUCGAGACCCUGACUCAAAAAUACAAAAAAAAUUGCAGUUUGAAAAUAAUACCUGUCGGCUAGGAAUAUAACUCAGUGACACAAGACCCUGCCUGCCUGGCCAGCGCAAAGUCCUGACCAUUAAUGCCCUUACCUGAUUUUGGUGAGUGUGAAACAAUUGGUGAGAAUUUGAAUUGGUCCCUCUUAUUACAGUAUUGAAAUUAAGUCUACUUAAUUUAUCAAGUCAUGUUUAUGCCCUGAUUUUAUGUACUUGUAUCAAUAAGCAUUGUGAUACUGGAAAAAAAUGUUUAUUGAAGACACUGUACAGAAUAAAGUCAAUUUUAAAUCCUAGGAA